AUGAGUCUUGAAGUUAGAAAAUUGGUUUCUGAGAUAAACAUCAAGUGUGAUGGAGAUGUGUUCCAUGAAAUGAUUAGGUAUGAACCACAUCAUAUCUCCCGCAUAUGCUCUGAUAAGAUACAAAAUGUGGAUAUUCAUGAAGGUGAAGUGGGUACUAUUGGCUCUAUUAAGUCCUGGAAACUCAUUCAUGAUGGGAAAGAGAUCAUGGCAAAGGAAGUAAUUGAAGAAAUAGAUGAUGAAAAGAAGUUGAUUAAAAAAAAGGUAAUUGAAGGUGAUUUGUUGGAGUAUUAUAAAUCAUUUUAUGUCACUAUGCAUGUUGAGACAAAGGGUGAAAACAACUUAGUUACUUGGAUCAUGGAAUAUGAAAAGAAGAAUGCAAAUGUGCCUGAUCCACACACUUUAAUGGAAUUAUGCAUCAAUGUCACUAAAGAUAUUGAGACUCACCAUCUCAAGUGA